CACGCGCUGGAGCGCUGGGAAUUAGGUAUCGCUCGCCCUUUGGUCUUCGCUACAGCCCAUUCUUUCUUCUUCCCCGUGGAAAGAUUUUCUUCUUUCGCUCGCUGGACUUCUUCUCCCAUUUUCUCUACCCGUUUUGACAGAUUGGAAUCCAGAAGGCUGCAAGGCCGUGUUUUUCCGCGUCUCCACUGCUCCAUCCUCACAGCCAACGUGUGAAUCGCGCGGCUUCUCGCGCCCUUCCUCAAGCGCAUUCGCCGCCCUUCCUCCCCAAUUUCCUCCCUGCCGAGCUCGUCGCGCCACCAGACUCGGUCGCGAUCUAGUUGCUUGCUUGCGCGCCCGCCCGCAUCCUUAAAAACCGGCGCUCCUCUUUUCUUCUCUCCACUCGCAGAGAGGAGAUUUGGGCCGCCAAGAAGAGCGCGAGCGAGGUCUAUCACACACCGUUAGAGAUCGAACGACUUCCAAACGAUCGAAGUUUCUUAGAUCGGUCGACGUGAUUCGCCAUGGGUGCCGAGAAUCGCUACAAUGCACAAGGGCAGAGGAUGGUGGCUGGAUGCAUUCCCUACCGGAGGGAAAAGGACAGUGACACGGUUGAGAUUCUCAUGGUGAGAUCGCAAAAUGGUCACAACAUCGUCUUCCCCAAGGGAGGAUGGGAAGUCGACGAGAGCGUACAAGACGCUGCAAUUCGCGAAGCGCAAGAGGAGGCUGGAGUUCAUGGCCACGUCCGGGAUGAGCUGGGCGUUUGGAUCUUCCACAAGAGAAGCCACCAGCAAUGGGAGACCAACCCAGACGGCGCUUGCGAAGUUCACAUGUUCCUCCUCGAGGUGACCCAAGAGCUGGAUACAUGGCCGGAGCAACACCGAGGGAGAGUAUGGAUUGACCUCAACGAGAUCGAGAAGAUAACGCUGGAGCGGUGCCACCACAAUUGGAUGCGCGAGGCUCUGGGAAUUUUCAUCCAGAAGCAGACAAGCAGCUCCCUCAUCGCGGAAGCUUCUCCCAACGAGCCGCGCCACACUCUCUCCUUUAACGCGAGUGUCAGGUGUAGACUUUAACCAGCCGAAGACUUGUACAGUAACCACCAUGGCCGAAAGAAAGAACCCACCAACAUUGACACAAAUGGUCCUGUUGCCUGUCUGUCUGUGUGCUCUUCUCGUUCUCUCGUUGCGUUCCAAGAUCCCAGCGGCAGUCCUGGUAGAAUCAAGCAAGUCUCUAAAAGAAAGAAUGGAAGAACUUUGUUACCUCGAA